ACUUCUUUUAUUACAGCUCUGUCCCCUCACUCUCCUUCUCUCUCUCUCUCUCUGUCUCUCUCAGUAUCUGAUAUCCUAAACUUGCUCAUACUUACCGGCGACUCUCACCGGAAACCUAACUUCUUUCACCGGACUUCAGCCAACCAUUUCAGUUUCCAACAGGGCUUGAAAUGCCAUGGUGUUGGAUCUUAAUUUAUAAGUCUCAGAUCGAGGCUUGUUUUUCAAGUUCUUUAAACCACCCAAAAGGCCAAAACUUUGUUUCUGCAGAAAUUUCUGGGGUUUUCACACUUCCCUCUUAUUGAGAAAACCAUAAACCUUCUUGCUCAUUCUAUCACUUGAGCUUCAUUUUGGUGUCUCAUUCAUUUAGCUAAGUGUAAAAGUUGUCUUUUUGGUGUAUUUUUAGUCCCUUCUUUGUCUCUUCUUGAUGUAUCUCUGGUCCAAAUCUAGCAGCUAAAAAGAAAAAGGAGAACCCUUUUUGACAUUUUCCAUUUUUGCUUUGAAAUUAUUGGUAGAGUAGUAGUGAGUAUAGCUUUUGAACCCAACAAUCAAUCGUUUUUAGCUUCUAUUGUUCUUCUUCAUUUUUUUUUACUUAUUUUUAGCUAAACUUCAAUGGGUUUGAAGUGAUUCUUUGGCUUCCUUGUUAAAGCAUAAAAUGAAGCUUACAAUGGUGAACAAAAAGGAGCUCUUAAUAAGCUUAUUAACUUUUCUGGUUUUUGUUUCACAGUGUGUGGGAUCUCUAAACCCGUCGCUUAAUGACGAUGUGUUGGGUCUAAUUGUGUUCAAAGCAGACCUUCAAGAUCCAAAGGCAAAGCUUUCGUCUUGGAACCAAGAUGAUGAUACUCCCUGCAACUGGGUCGCAGUCAAAUGCAACCCGAGAUCCAACAGGGUUACCGAGCUCACUCUCGACGGCUUCUCUCUUUCGGGUCGGAUUGGACGUGGCCUCUUACAGCUUCAGUUCCUCCACAAGCUCUCAUUAGCAAGAAACAACCUCACUGGCAGCAUUGGCCCCAGUCUUGCUCGCCUUGAAAACCUUAGAAUCAUUGAUUUGAGCGAGAACAGUUUUUCUGGGUCGAUCCCAGAUGACUUUUUAAAGCAAUGUGGGUCUCUAAGAUCAAUUUCUUUGGCCAAGAACAAGUUUUCAGGGAAGAUUCCAGGUUCUUUGAGUUCAUGUGCUACUCUUGCAUCUAUAAAUUUGAGUUCGAAUCAGUUUUCAGGGUCUUUACCUGCCGGGAUUUGGGAUUUGAGUGGGCUCAGGUCGCUUGAUUUGUCUGAUAAUUUGUUAGAAGGUGAGAUUCCUAAAGGGAUUGAAGUUAUGAACAAUUUGAGAGCUAUUAACUUGAGUAAAAAUCAGUUUACUGGGGAGUUUCCUGGAGGGAUAGGAAGCUGCUCGUUAUUGAGGUCUAUUGAUUUAAGUGAUAAUUCGAUUUCUGGGUACCUUCCAGAGACAAUGCAGAAGCUUAGCUUGUGUAAUUAUCUGAGCUUGAGGAACAACCUGUUAGCUGGUGAAUUUCCAAGCUGGAUUGGAGAAAUGAAAGGCCUUGAGACUUUAGAUCUUUCUGGGAAUAGAUUCUCUGGUCAGGUUCCAAAUUCAAUCGGGAAUCUUCAGUCACUUGCGGUAUUGAAUUUAUCUGGUAAUGGUUUAAGUGGGAACUUGCCAGAAUCUAUGGCCAAUUGUGGAAACCUUUUGGCUUUAGAUUUCAGCAGGAAUUCAAUGAGUGGUGACCUUCCUGCAUGGAUUUUUGGCUUGGGUUCGGAGAAAGUUAUUCAUUCGGGGAAUAAGCUUGGGCGUUUGAACUCACUUCCAAAGCUUCAAGUUUUAGAUUUAUCAGCUAACAAGUUCUCUGGAAAAUUUUCAUCCUCUAUUGAGGUUUUGAGCAGCUUGCAGUUCUUGAAUCUAUCAGUGAACUCUCUUGUGGGUCCUAUUCCAGGGACCAUUGGAGAGUUGAAGGAAUUAUAUAUUCUUGAUUUGAGUGAGAAUAGGCUAAAUGGGAGCAUUCCUCUGGAAUUUGGAGGAGCCUUUUCUUUGAAGGAACUGAGGCUGGAGAGGAACUUACUGACAGGGAAAAUUCCUAGCUCGAUUGGGAACUGUUCUUCACUAACAACUUUGAUCCUAUCUCAAAACAACUUGACUGGACCAAUACCUGCCGCAAUAGCAAAACUUACAAGCCUACAAGAUGUUGACUUGUCUUUUAACAGCCUCACUGGUGGCUUACCCAAGCAGUUGGCUAAUCUUCCGAACCUCUCCUCCUUCAACAUUUCCCAUAACCAGUUGCAAGGUGAACUACCUGCUGGUGGUUUCUUCAACACCAUAUCACCUUUUUCUGUCAUUGGCAAUCCAUCCCUCUGUGGUGCUGCGGUCAACAAGUCUUGCCCUGCAGUCCUUCCCAAACCCAUUGUUCUCAAUCCGAACUCUUCUUCUGACUCUGCUCCUGACGUGCUUCCUGAAAACCUUGGUCACAAAAGAAUCAUCCUAAGCAUAUCUGCUCUUAUUGCCAUUGGUGCAGCUGCUGUCAUUGUUGUUGGAGUUAUUGCUAUCACUGUGCUCAACCUCCGUGUUCGCUCAACGUCACGAUCUGCAGCUGCCCAGACAUUAUCUGCAGGUGAUGACUUUAGCCAUUCCCCCACCACUGAUGCUAAUUCUGGCAAGCUCGUCAUGUUCUCAGGUGAUCCCAACUUCAGCACAGGAGCGCAUGCUCUGCUUAACAAGGAUUGUGAACUUGGACGUGGUGGGUUCGGAGCAGUCUAUCGGACUGUUCUUCAAGAUGGGCAUCCAGUGGCCAUCAAGAAGCUCACUGUCUCAAGUCUUGUCAAGUCCCAAGAAGAUUUUGAGAGGGAGGUUAAGAAAUUGGGAAAAGUUAGGCACCAAAAUCUUGUGGCACUUGAAGGUUAUUACUGGACACCAUCCUUACAGCUUUUGAUAUAUGAAUUUGUCUCUGGAGGGAGUUUGUACAAGCAUCUCCAUGAGGGAUCAGUUGGAAAUUUUCUUUCAUGGAACGAGAGGUUCAAUAUAAUUCUUGGGACAGCGAAAAGCCUGGCUCAUUUGCACCAAUCAAACAUCAUCCACUACAAUAUAAAAUCAAGUAAUGUCCUUAUUGACAGUUCGGGUGAACCAAAAGUGGGAGAUUUUGGCUUGGCAAGAUUGUUACCAAUGCUAGACCGCUAUGUUUUAAGCAGUAAGAUUCAGAGUGCUCUAGGGUACAUGGCACCUGAGUUUGCAUGCAGAACAGUAAAGAUAACUGAGAAAUGUGAUGUUUAUGGGUUUGGGGUUUUGGUACUGGAGGUUGUUACUGGCAAGAGGCCUGUUGAGUACAUGGAAGAUGAUGUGGUGGUGCUUUGUGACAUGGUCAGAGGAGCACUGGAGGAAGGAAGGAUAGAAGAAUGUGUUGAUGAAAGGCUCCAAGGGAAUUUCCCAGCUGAUGAGGCAGUUCCAGUAAUGAAAUUGGGAUUGAUUUGCACUUCACAAGUGCCAUCAAACAGGCCAGAUAUGGGAGAGGUAGUAAAUAUAUUGGAGCUGAUCAGAUGCCCUUCAGAAGGACAAGAAGAGUUGGGAUGAAUGUGAAACCAUAAUUAAAAAUUAAAGAGUUAAGGAUUUACUAUGGGUUAUCCGGCGAAGAGGAAUCCGGUUUGUUCAAUUGAUCAAAGAGGAUAAACUUCAUUGUUGGAAGUUCUUUCCUUUUAUUUAUCUUGUAUUGGUUGGUUCUUCUCUUGUUUAUUUUCAGUUUAUGCUUGUAGUUUCUUCUCAAUGUUACAGUUAAGUUACCGGAUUCCUUUUCACCGGCUAUAUUAUUGCUACUUAUCUUCAUCUUC